UGUUUGGGGGGGCACGGGCGCACAGAAGUGCCACACUGGUCUGGUUUGGGUGGGCAGCGGGCACAGACUGACACAGGAGCAGAGGGAGAAGGAAGAAGGAGACAAGGACGCCCCUCUGCGGUGGGGGGCCGCGGCCUGCUCUGUUCCUCCAUUCACAGUAAAUAAAAGCAUGGAGGUCUGACUCUCGGGAUCUCUCAGAGCCAGCGGGGGGUAGAGACGCCGCAUGCGCCUGAUUCUUUCACCAAAACACGCGCCCAGGAGGGGCACCGCGGCGGGGCGCGUUCUGUGACACAGCCGCUCUCUUUUGACGUGGCACUGAUCGUUUUAACGGCACCGGAGCAGCGCGCCGAGCGCAGCAUGAAGCGGGCGGCCGGAGUGGCCAGGCACAAUGGCCUGGUCUCUCCGCUGGGGAACAACAACUCCGGGGCCUCGAGCAUCGUCUCCCCGUCGUUCCUGAGAGCCAGCGCGGUCUCCGUGGGUCCGGAGAGCGGCGGGGGCGGCGCGGGAGCCGCGGACGGGCUCCUGGAUUUCUCUAAAGGCCCCGUCGUCAAAACCGAGCUCGUUUGCAAAUGGACAGACAGAACUAGUUCUCGGCAGAUCGGGCGGACGGCCACAUCCGUUUGUGACCAAAGUUUCAGCUCCAUGCACGAGCUUGUGGAGCACGUCACCAGCGAGCACGUCGCGGCCGGGCUCGAGAGCCUGAGUCAUGUGUGCAUGUGGGACGAGUGUCUGCGCGGAGGAAAGGCGUUCAAAGCCAAAUACAAACUUAUCAACCACAUCCGCGUGCACACCGGGGAGAAGCCCUUCUCCUGCGCCUUCCCCAACUGCGGCAAGAUGUUUGCGCGCUCAGAGAACCUGAAGAUCCACACGCGCACGCACACGGGUGAGAAGCCGUUCCAGUGUGAGUUCUGUGAGCGGCGUUUUGCCAACAGCAGCGACCGUAAGAAGCACUCGCAGGUGCACACGGCGUCUAAGCCCUACGACUGCAAGGCUCUGGGCUGCACCAAGUCCUACACCCACCCCAGCUCCCUCCGCAAACACAUGAAGGUGCACGUCAAGUCCUCACCUACCUCUGAACUGCCAGACCCAUACGACCCUCUGUCCUACCGUCUGCAGCAGCCCCCGGCCCUGCUGGAACCCUUAGACCUCAAAAUGAGCCUGUCUCCCCCCAUGGCCCACAGGAACCUGCACUUCCCCCUGCGCUCCAAUCACGACUUUGACAAAAGCUCUGUGGCAGAGACUGAACAUAAAGCUCUGCUACGGAGCGUCUCCCCUAGCGCCGUCCCUCUGGACCUGUCCCUCUCGGGCCUGAGGAGGUCCCAGCAGCAGCAGCAGGGACGACAGUCGCGCCGAACCCAACGCUCCGUCAACCCAGCCAUACCUCACUUCUCCAACAUAAAGGAGUGGUACGUGUGCACCAGGACUACAGCGCCGCACUGUCCUCUGCUCCACCCAGACCGCAUCAAACUGGAGCCCAGCGACGACGAGGAGUACGGCACGUAGGGCACGUGGGCACGUGGGCACAUGGGCACGUGGGCACGUGGCCGGGGGCACAUGGGCACAUGGGCAGGGGGCCUUUGCCCGGGGCUGAGUGGCUCACUUUGGUACAUCCUUAUAUCCCACUGUGACUGGUGCUACACAGUUUAGUCUAUACGAGAUGCAGGGUAGAGCUAAAACAUCUGAGCUUCUGUUGUUCCCGUCGGGCGCCGCUGGGCACCACCACCGCACAUGUGCCAGAUAAUAUUUUAGAAAAGAUUAUAAUGAACCAUUCCUGUUUGAGUGCUGUACUAAAGUGAGCCCCAGAGCUCUGUGUGGAGCAGCCCGAGCUCGUGUCGUAAUCGCUAUCGUACGAUUUCAGGACAGAGGAGUCAGUGGUGUACUUUCCUGAACCAGCAGAUGUGUGGUUGUUUUUGUAUUUCUGUUUUAUAUUCUUAGAGUCAUUUGACAUGAAUCCAGACUCCCAGCUCAAAAGACACCAGAGGUCGUUCAACUAAUAUUUUUAUUCAAAAGUACAUGUGACCGGCGACAGCUCUAUUUCCAACUGUUUUAAGGGCUACUCUAAAGGCUGUGGGAGUUUGGGCAGACGCCUGUCUUUACCUGUAUUGUAGAGAUCAGAAAGUGCUCAGGGAGACAUGGGCCAGACGCUGCAGUAGACACAGGACAUGAGUAUGUAGCACUUUGUUCAGCUCUGGAUGAAAACAUUUGUAUUGGAAAUGGACCUUUCUUUAGUGGAGGAUGAGCAGAUGGAUCGAGGCGGUGACGACCUCCUGUGAGGUGUUUCAGCAAACUAUAGCAACAGUGUGUGUGAUGUAGGCAAACCGAUAAUCUGAUUUCACAAGAACACUGUCAGAGAACGCUCCUCUGCUGUAGCAGCGGAGGUCAUGUUCAGAGAUGGAAGAACACUUUGAAAAUGUAGUCACAGAAUACUGAAAACUGCAGUAAAAUGUAUUUUAUAAAGUAUUCAGACACAUGGGCCAAUCAGAGUACUGCACUCUGAGUACUGAGAAUACUUUUACACAGAGCUGCGUUAUAUUAUAGAGUAAAAACAUGACAUAGGAUUAAAAACUCUUUCAUGUUUGUUUCAUUGUUGGUUUUGCAUUUCCAUCAUUGAUCAGAGGAAACAUCUCACCACAGGAGCUGGGUUUAGAUUUUUCUCACUAGUGACCUGCAGUUUGAGCCUAAACAGUGAGAUCAAAUACUGCAGUGCAUUCCUUUGAUUUUAGUAAAGUAACUGUAAUCUGAUACCACCAAAUGAAAGAGUAACUGUACCAGAUUACAGUUACUCUAAAUGAGUAUUCAGAACACGUACUCUCGGCACAUGUAUUUGGGUUACCUCCACACACUUUUGGUACUUUGUUGUUGAUAUGUUUGAAUCUAAACCUGCAUCAUGACGACAGCACUGCCACACACUGACGUAAACACCGGUAGAACGGGGGGACUUUUGUGUUAAGUCAAAUCUCAAAUCAAGUGCCCCACUCAUAAAACCCUCCCCGUGUUGAACCUGAACAUAGAUCCACAGGGAUGAGCAUGAACUAGAGCACUUUACAGAGAGACUGGUCAAUGGAACAAGUCGUACAGCAGACGUCUCAGAGCUUGAUAUAUGCAAUAUUUAUUUAAUAUUGCUCAAACAAUAACUUCUGAUGUUUCUUCAGAUAAAUGUUCACUGGAGUCUCGGUCAGCCCACACUGUGAUCACUCUGACCGGCCAAACGUUUUGAACCUGGACUUUAGUUUGUGCAGUCUGUGUUAUAAAUACGUCCUGAGUUGAUGUUGUGUUCAAUGGUGAGAUUAUUUUUCAGAGCACUUCUGAUUUUUAACGGGACUCUACUUGUUUUCUUAAAUCUCUACAAUAAAGGUAGAAACAGAAUCUUAAAUCACUAUUGUUCAAACAGCAGUUAUGUCGUACAGAAACAGGGGAGUGAUAGAGAUAUAAAUAUAUAAUAUUCUAUAUAAGGUGAACAGCCUGGGCCUAUGUACAGAGGCUCCGAGUCUCACGAACGUGAUGAUUCUGUCAAUCCCAUAAGCACUUUGUUCAAAUCAAUUCCAAACUUUCACUGGUGACAAGGACGUCACUGCCGCUCCACAGUGGAUUCGUUAAUGACGUCACUGCCGUUCCACAGUGGAUUCGUUAAUGACGUCACUGCCGUUCCACAGUGGGAUUCGUCCAUCUCAUUUUUCUGGGACAUCUGAUUGAUUUGGAUGUGAAACGACUGAUGCCAUAUCUGUGUGUAGUGAAUGUGAAGGUGGUGCAAAAGGCGACAUCACUAACGCAUUUCUCAUUUGUUUAACUGAAUGAAAAUAAAACUUUGUUGUUGUAUUGAAGAUUGUGCUGGUCACUGUUGUCAUGUA